AUGCCCUUUGGCUUGGCAAACGCGCCUGCUACCUUUCGACGUUUGAUGGCCUCGGUCUUACGGGAUUUAUGCCCUACCGCGUGUUCGGUCUACCUGGACGAUGUCAUCGUACACGGGCCUACCGUCGAGUCCCACCUUGAUAACCUGCAAACCGUCUUUAACCGUCUACAGGCCGUAGGCCUUAAACUGAACCCGGCUAAAUGCUGUUUUCUCAAAAAGUCUGUUUCUUUCUUUGGUCACAUCGUCUCAACUGAAGGGGUAAAGACGGAUCCUGCGAAGACAGAGCAAAUACGCAGUUGGCCGCAACCGACGUCAGUUUCCGAUUUGCGCGGUUUCCUCGGUCUGGCCUCCUAUUAUCGCCGGUUCAUUAAAGAUUUUGCACACAUAGCUGCACCCCUAAAUCGUCUCACUAGCAAGCAGAACGCAUUUAACUGGUCCGACGAGUGUGAGCGUUCCUUUGAGGAACUCAAACGGCGGUUGAUCUCCCCUCCCCUGUUGGCCUUCCCCAACAUAUCCGAGUCAGCCCCACCUUUCAUCUUGGACACUGAUGCAUCAGAUGUAGCCAUUGGGGCGGUCUUGUCUCAACAGCAAACCGAUGGACUGGAACAUCCCCUCAUUUUUGCCAGUCAGACGCUCACCAAGCCUGAGCGUAACUACUCUACCACUCGCAAGGAGCUUCUAGCCGUCGUCACCUUUGUCAAGAAAUUCCAUCACUACCUCGCCGGCAAACGGUUCAUUUUACGCACCGACCACCAGGCGCUGCGCUGGUUGGAAAACUUCAAGGAUCCGACCGGUCAACUAGCUCACUGGCAGGCAGACCUCUUGGAAUAUUCUUACACUGUCAUCCAUCGGGCCGGUAAAAAGCACCAGAAUGCCGAUGCCUUAUCUCGCCGAGCACAAACAUCACCACCGACCGCAACAUACGCCCCAGCAACUGCGAUUACGUUUGGCACUCCCGACCACUCAGGGUGGGCGUCGGCUCAAGCUUCAGAUCCCUAUAUAUCUCUUAUCUAUGAUCGGUUGCGUCAGGGUUCGCCAAAACCGUCAAGCGAAGAAAUGAAGGGCUCCAGCUGGGAAGCUCGCUGCCUUUGGUCAGCGUGGAACAGCCUUCGCCUCUGUGACGGCGUGCUUUUCUUCAAUAUUCUCCCACCGACCCCCGUCGUUUGGUUUUGCCGCAUGAUGCGAUCCAUCCCACACUUUCCCGUCUUCAUGUUGAUCUGA